UAGCCCACCACAAAUGGCGGCCAUCAGGAUGAAGAGGCCGCUUGGGAUAGCCGGGCUUAGACUCCGCGCCGCUGACCUCACCGAUGUUAUUGUUCCGCAACCUGAAGAGGAAGGCAUUACAUAAAAAGGUAUACUAAUCACAAAAUUGCGGUCAGCAGCCGCUCCGAAGAUGUCGUUAUCGGGCCAUCUCGGGGGUCGCGGGGGCCACGCUGUCCCACGGACACGUCUCGUUAUACCCGCAGCGGCGGCGAUAAAGCGCUCCCACAGGAAAAGCCAGCUUUCUGUGUUUCAAGAAGCGUACGUGAGACUGCGAUAUCUAAAAGUAUGCCAAGAGCAUUUUCCGCCCGGCCUCAGCUACGCUAGUUAUGCAUGUUCAGCAAUUUCAGCCGUCUAGCGCUCACCGAGCGCCGUUGAGCGGCGCGGGUCCUGCAGCCAAGAUGCAGACGGGGUUGCAGUCGCACGGACGAGAAGCGAGCCGGCAGCUCAGCAGGAUCGGAACGAGCACCCGAAGGUACAGAAGGGAGGGUAGCUACCUAAGGUUCUUACAGUCAGGCGGGAGGGGGGUCUAAUUAAUUUAGUCCCCGAGGGGUGGGGGUUUUCCUUGGGCUGCAGCGCUUUUGCACCCUCACCCUCUUCAUCAUCGUC